AUGGAGUUCGCAGUAGUACGAAGUAUACCUCGGUCACUUGCCGAUAUGGAGUAUAGUGGAAGAUACUGUAUCUACAGUACCUUGGCCCUGGGAGGGGGGUCGACCAUGGUAGAGUUAUUUGAUCUCUCCCAGACUGUAACCUUCGUUUUCGAAAGUCUCGUCCCUGACAAUUACACACAAAGCAGGGAGAUCGAACAGAGCGACAUUUCCACAAAUAAUUUUCGGAAUGCAGUUGUUGAAAAAUUGCUGAAAUUCGAAGAUGGCUACACUUAUGACCGUACAUGUCCUGUAAAAGUGAAUUUGAGGGCUCACGUAUUACUAAAACUCUAUUGUAAGGCACGGGAAAAUAGACGGUACUGCAAGGGUUGUUACAACGAAAAACAAGAUGGACUUAUUGAAAAAGUUAAAAAAAUAUGCGUCAUAAUGAACCACAUCGUUGAUCCUAGACAUACAAAUUGCAUGAGGAGGAUACAAAAAGGGACACAAAGAGUUUAA